AUGACGUCCACUCUCGUGGAGACACUGGUCCUCGCGGUGGGAGAGGUUCUAGGGGUGGAGAGCGAGGCCGAGUUGUUCCUAGACCACGGUGGUGGUCCCAGAGAAGUACAAUUCUGGCUUGAAGGGGCUGGUCCAAAAACCAUUGGUAAGAUAAAAUCCAAAGGGAAAAAGCCCGCCAAUUCCGGACCAGACGAAUCUGGAAGAUACACCACAGUCGAGAAUUUCUUCCGUGAAAGAUAUGGGAUCAAUGUUGAUUCCAAUGUACCAGUAGUUAAUGUUGGCACGCGUCAAGAUCCGUCCUAUCUGCCAGUCGAAGUCUGCGUUGUUAUAGCUGGCCAGGCAGCGGGUGUCAAGCUGAGAGGAAGACAAACUCAGAACAUGAUACGAUUCGCGGUGCGCAACCCCGCUCAGAAUGCUCUAUCCAUCACGACGAAAGGUGCUGGUGCACUGGGGCUGACGCCCCAGCUCAAUACGACGUUGGGAACAGCUCGACCCGCUCACUAUUAUAUUGUGUGGGAUGAGAUUUUUUCUGUACAGAAACCGCAACCACCCUUCGAGAACGCAGCCGACCUCCUUGAGGACUUAACCCACAGUAUGUGCUAUUUAUUUGGUCGCGCGACGAGAGCUGUCAGUAUCUGUCCGCCUGCAUACUACGCUGAUUUGGUUUGUGAGCGCGUCCGCUGUUAUCUCAAGGAAGUCUUUGAUGCAAGCGCGGAAUCCAGCAUAUCUGGCAGUAUGCUCGAAGGCGGUGGCGGCACCGGACGGAUGAUAGAGACCUCGGACGUUCGAGUCCAUCAAAACGUGCGAAACACGAUGUACUACAUUUGA